AUGAGCAUUGACAUGCAAAACCAGAAACAGGAAACUUCUACUCCGACUCAAGUGGAACAUGUUUCAAAACCAAAACCCGGUACGGAAUCUGAAGCAAGCGAAACCACACUGGAGAGGAAAAAGCGGAGUAGUAACGUUUGUCAGAAUUGCAGAAUUCGAAAAAUUAGAUGUUCGAGAACAUGGCCAUGUACCAAUUGUUUGAAAAGUCGCCGCAAAAUUCCUUGUGUUUACGAAAAUGAAUCUCCCAUUACAAAUGAAAGAACACAAAAUGAUCUGAGUAAUAGCCAAAACCCGCCUAUUUUACUGUAUCAAAGAAGUGCUAGUCAACCUAUUCAGUUUAUGAAUUUCAACACUGCUAAUAUGGGAGGAAAAACUUCACAUAAUGCAAAUAGCAAUAAACGUAAAAGAGAAAAAACAAAUGGUGUUUCAAGUACAGAUACGAGCACCGGCAGUGGCACUAGAGGUAACUCUAGCAGUACCACUAGCAGUAGCAUGGGAAGUGGCUCAGAAAUUUCCCACCCUAAUAAGGUGCUGAAACCCAAUGAUGUUGACGUAGAUGCGUCAUUACAAGAACUCAAGGCUUUAAAGGAAAAGUUAGCCUCGAUAGAGUCCACUUUGAGUCUGGCCCAACCAACACUAUCCAACAAUUUGCUGAACACUGGAUCUGACUUUAGGUCUUCGUACGGUUCUCUGUAUGGAGGUCGGACUGGUUCUGAAUUUGGGUUUAAAUCUGGAUCCGAUGCUGUCUUAUCUUUUGGUUGUGAGACAAUGCCACCUUUGUCAACAGCAGCCCCAAGGCUACCAAAUCCACCAAUUUCUCAGAGCCCACGGUUUUUACAAACACGUCCAGUACAGCCGUUUGGUUCUUCACAUCCAAUUGGAAUAACAAGUCAACCACAAUUUACAACUACACAGAGACUAUCAAAUGCAAGGGAUCGUUCACCAGGUACUACUGGUAUACAGUUGCCGCCUAUAAAUUUCAGGGAACAGUCUUCAUCGUACAACAGCUUCUCCAAUGCUAAUACUGAAACUAGCCAUGCAUCACCUGGUUAUUCUCCGCAUAGCAACAUGUCCAAUUCUAAGCAAAAAAGCCUAAUUGAUGUUAACCCUUACUUAAAUGACACAGAAACCAUUAAUUUUUAUGAAAACUACACGUCUGUAUUGUGUAAGGACUUUAGGAGAAUAAGCUAUGGGCCAUUUGCAUGGUCAUCUCUUAUGAAUAAAGAUGCCGCAUUGCGAGCACUUUGGAAAUUUAUUGCAAAGCAAAAAGAAUCCACCAGCUUUGUUUUUAGCCCAGGAAGUAAUGAAGUAACCCAGGAAAACACGCAACUCGUGACAAGUGAACCAAAAGAAUCAGAGCUUCAUUUCAAGAAAACAAUGUUACAAAAAGGUGGGUAUGCAGAUGUGGUGCCAUAUAAUAUUUUAAGGGAAAAGAUGAAAAGGGAUUUGAACAAAGAAAUGCUUCCCUUGGGAUUGACGUUAUAUGAGGGACAAUUCAGUUGUGAGUUGCAGUUACUUGUAAGAAUUAGGCAAAUGUUACCUAAGAAAAAAGUCGUAUGGAAGCUUAUUGAUCGAUUUUUUGCAUGGUGUUACCCUUUUAUGCCUAUUCUCGAUCAACAUGACUUUGUGGAAUGGGUAGAGAAAAUAAUUGGGCCCAGAUCUUAUGAAGAUAUUAAAAUUGAAGACGUUAAGAUUGAACGGAGACUUGAUCUUGCUAUAUUUGGGACUUUACUUGUUGUCAUGCGGUUAUCAUAUUUAUCUCUUUUUUCAAACAAAUUACUGGUUAAUGAAGAAAGAUUAAAUUCGACUGACCCUUCUGAAAAAGCACAGGAUACAAAGUAUUUAAUGCAGAACCCUAUAGACAUAAAUGUUGUUGAUAUUGCCACCUCGUGUCUUUAUCAAUUUGACGUUCUAAGAAGAACUUCCAUUUUUGUGUUGCAGUUGGCACUAUUUAUAAAGUUAUAUUACAUGUUUGCUCCCGAAGAUGGAGAUGAUGGCGAGGGGGCUGAUACAAAUGCAAUGGGCGGUUUGGUUUUACAAAUGGCCUACUCUUUAGGGUUAAAUCGUGAACCUAACAAAUUUCCAGGUGAGUUGGAAAAUAAAAGGAUGAAUCAUUUAGGACGCAAAAUAUGGUAUUUACUCGUGCUGUCAGAUGUCCACUCGGCUUAUUCUUACGGAAGCCAGAUGCUAAUAAGUCCCGAUAGUUAUGAUACAGAAUUGCCAUUCAACGAAGAGGGAAACGAGAAUCUUUACGACAAAGAGUUGGACCGUUACGUAACAAAUAUUUGGUAUGGAUCAGGCGCAAAAUUGAACAAUCAUUUAAAAGAAAUCUUGACCUUGAUUUUGAGUGUGAAGGCGAGGAUUAAAGUUUCUGAUUUAUGCAACUUGCUCACAAAGUAUGAAGCAAUCUUUUCACAGUCAUUUACUUCCUUAAAAGAUUGUUUGGUGGUAAAGGAUCCUCAAAAACACAUUGUUGCAAGAAAUUUUCCUGCAAAGUAUUUUAUUUCGAUAAAAUCGUUUUUCGUUUCAGUUUAUUUCCAUUUAUUCCUUCAUUAUGAACAUAAGGAUGUGCAGUUAUCGUUCUUUUACCUUAAAAAAAUUCUCAAAAUUGCCGCAACCGAGAUUAUGCCACAUUACUUUGAGCUCAUGGGUAACAGUGAGGCUAUUUGUGAUAUGUUUAUCAAUCCAAAAUUGCAGCAGAUCAUCCACAAAUCCAAUCAGAUCUUUAUUGCCAUGAUUAUAAGGGUUAAUCUCUCAAUUUAUUUUUUGAAAUCUCAGCUUGAUCAUAAAGAUAAAUGCUCAGCCGAUAAUCAAUAUUAUGAGUACUAUAGAGAAUUGUGUAAAUUCUCAUCGUGUCUCACCAGAUGCGCCGAGGUCUCAAUUGCUGCUGUAUCAAAACUCAGCACACGGUACUUUUAUGCAUGGAAGUUGACAAAGAGCCACACUUUCUUGUUAAAAGUGAUUACCACAAUGGAUUUCUACAAGCAUCCAGCGCACUUGAAUUCAGAAAACUUGCGUCUUCCAGAGUUUUCAACUCAUCAGCUUUCAGAAAUGGUUGAAAUGUGUGAAGUUGCUUUACGCACUUUAGGCAAAGUUAGCAUCCAGGGCCAUGAAUUUUGUGAUCAUGUAUCCUGUUCGCUGUUUAAGCAUCAGUAUAGUGUUUCAUCGUUGUCGUCUGCGCCUGAAUCUAUGGGUACUUCGUCUACCCUGCAUGGUCAAAACAGUGCGUCGGAGUCUGGGGGUUACUCUACUCCAGCAUCGAAUUUGUCGGUUGAUGCAAAGACUUUCGCCAAUGAGUUUGGCCUCGACCUUGUAAACAGCGAAGAGAUUGAUAAGAUUUGGUUGCAGAUGUUGUCAAUAAAGAAUGAUGUUAAGCAGCAACAACCGCCGCAAGUUGCUUCUCAGUCACCUUUUCCCAGUACAUCAACAAACUCAGGUGCAAAUGCUGGCGAUGAUGUGACUAUUCAACCAGGGACGCCAUAUAAUGGACAUAAUUUGCCUGGAUGGAGUAGACAACCAUCAAAUGCAGGAAUACAUGGUUCCACAUUAACGGCAAGUUCACAAGGGCAACAUGAUCAUUUAGCAUCACAUACUGGUCUCACACCAAUGGUGAUAGAGAAUCCACUUACUCCAGGAUUUAGCAAUGCCCAGGGCGCAAUGGGGUUAGGUGGAUAUGAAGACUACGGUGGCUUGGACUUUUUUGCAGAUUUGCCGUUUGAUCAAAUGUUUAAUCUUUAG